UGCUGGUCCUUGCCUAGGGUUGCAGACCCCUGUUACGAGCCUGGUGCACUGCUCUCUGCAUUUGAGUUUGCAAAUUCGUUGAAUGGUGGUCGCUUUGGUUUGUGGUGGGAGACGCUUCUGUUAAAUUUGGAUUCAGUGGACACAGCACGAGAGUUCCUCUGGAGUUCACCUCUGCCUGGUCGCUCAGCUGUUCCUGUCCUCUCACUGCCGCUUUCCAUCUUUGGAGAUAAUUCCCAGACAAUGGGCGUGGAUUAGUAAAUUAUACAUCGUUCUUCUCUUUGUGUUUGUGACUCGAGUGGCUUUCUGUUUAAUGCGGUCAGAGAGGUAUGCUCUCAGUGACCAUGCUAUUUUAAUAAAUCGCUUUAAAUAUGUUUGACCUAAGUGGGGGAUUUAAGAAGACGUGGUAUUAACUAGAGCUAGAACAUUAUCCUACACUGACAGCGGGGAUACGUGGUCUCGCGCUUGUUUUCGUACACUCAACACGAACGGAUGCGCGCAGGAAGCCGCCGUUUUGCUUUUUAAUGUUGCGCUCCUCUCGCGCGAUAUGAAGUCUACAUUGUGAUAUAGAACCAUAAUUAUUCCUCUUUGAGCGGAGUUGCCAAAGAACAAAAGAGAAAUGAAGACUGAACUGUCUGGAAUUAUCUUGACGCUCUGGAUAUUUUUAGAGAUUUUGCAGUGCACAGAAGCCAAGAAGUACUGCUGGUAUUUCGAGGGUGGCUACCCCAUCUAUUUUAUAUGCCGUUCCUAUGAAGACUGCUGUGGAACUCGCUGCUGCGUCAGAGCCCUCUCCAUACAGAGGCUAUGGUACUUCUGGCUGCUGUUGAUGAUGGGCGUGCUGUUCUGCUGUGGAGCCGGAUUCUUCAUCCGCAGACGCAUGUACCCCUCCCCCCUCAGUGAGGAGCCCGCCUUCAACGUGUCCUUCACCAGACAGCCUGUUACCACACCAGGGUCCCAGUCUGGCAUGCAGAACUACGGAGACCUAGGCGGAGCAAUGACGACUCCCCUCGCCCCCGCCUACCAGGUGCAGCCCAACUCGCCCCACAUGAUGGCCCCCUACCCUCCGCCGCCCUCUUACUGCAACCACCCGCCCCCGCCGUACGAACAGGUGUUCCAGACCUCGGAGAAGAAGUAGGCGCGGGCUCCGCGGUCCCGCGAACAGAGACGCCAUCGCGCGCCCCGCCCCAAGCACCCUCCCCGGUUUUCCUUUACGCGUGUGGUGACGUGCGCACGGCGCGGCCGGCCCCCAGUCAGGGACGAGGAAGAGGAUGCUCGUGCUCCACGAGCUCCACGCGCAGGCCCUCCGCAGCGGGACCCCCCUGACCCCAGGGGGCGUGGUCGCCGGCGGGAAGACGUCACGUGACGGCUUGACGGACAGCCCUGAUCUGAAGCCUGCGGCGCGGAUUGCGUGCAGGAAAGCUGAGCUGUGUUCAUGAUCCACUCGUGUUCUCUCUCUGUCUGUCUCCCCGUCACCUUUCUGAAAUUACAUGUUACAUGACCUGAGUAGAAACAACUGACUGGAUGUAGUGAUUUUCACCACAGUGAGUGACAUUCUGGGUGACCAGUGGGACCUGUAGACUUGGUAUAGGCUUUAGUGCCACGAGCACUGGACCGUUAAACCUCUUGAAUUACUGAGCCGCGUGAGCGUGUAUGUGUGUGUGUGUGUGUAUGUGUGUUUGGCGAGGGUGGGGUGGGGGGGCUGUGGGUGCGGUGUACUUUUGUAAAUACCAAGAGGAUACAACAAGAGAUUUCAACAACACUUGGUGUGGUUCAGAAGACAGCAGUUCAGCUGUACAAAUCUUUAUAUGUCACAAUGAUGGUUGAUAGGCUGUGCUUUUUUAAUGUUCCUCUUACAAACCAGAACUGAGUGUCGACUGGGCCCAAGUGGCUCCAAAAGAAGAACUUCAGUAUCUCCACCAUCAGGCAUCAUGUCUAAAACUAAACACUAAUUUGCAGAUGUGGAUACUCAUAAAGCUGUUAGAUGCCAUUUGUGUAAUUCUGCACAGUAUAUGGAAAAUCAAAAGUGGUUACACUCACUUUAACGCACGCACCGUCCCUGUAUAAUAUUGGGAGGUGGACAGCAGGACCAGAGUUACUUAGAAAAUCUGCAUAAAAGGGUGGAGGCCAUCACAGUCAGGGAGGAGAAACUUAUCGGAACUAGAAAACCAUCUAAUAAAUGUAAGCCGGUUAAGAAUUUAAUGGUUCAAAGGGUUUUUCUGAAGACACUCACUUGCAUUUGAUUAAUGAAUUCCAUCCGAAAGGUCAUUGGGCAUCUGACUUUGUAAUCCACUCAUGCUUAGAAAGAAAUGUAAGAUUAUUCAUAAACCCUCUCAGCGGGGAUCUGGUAGUACUAAGCUAAUUGCACAGCUCCCGUGAAGGCAAGAGAACUCAUCUCGAUUUAUCACAACUGUUACGUUUGUUGAAAUCUUUUUACAGAGGGUGGUAAAUUUGACAGGCCCAAUUUCAUGCAGUAUGUUAAGCACAGAUAAAAAGCCCAGUGCCGAGAUGUCUGUUAGAAGGGAAGCGCUUCCUGCUUUUUUUUACAGUGUCGGUGCGGAAUAAAAUUGAACGCUUUGAACUAAAACCCCGGCCUGAACCAGCAUAAAAAUAAAUAAACCUACGUGUGAUGAUUCAACCUGAAAGAUUCAAUUAAAAUCAUUAAUCUGCACGAUCGUUAAUGAUCGUUAAUCUUACUUCUGGAGACUCAGCACUCUCAGGCUGAAUGUGAUCCUGAAAAUGAUUCUCUCCAGGCUUCUGCACGCUUCAAAUGAACUGCUGUUCAGAAUGACGGAGAGCGUCUGAAAGCUCCUUUCCAACAGUCGAAUUGGAAAGGAGCUUGUAACUUUCCGAAAAUCGGAAUUCCGAAGGCUAUGCCCAGUUUCUGCAGCGAUUGGCCAGGUGUGCAAUGGGCAGGGUUGCAGGUGGUCUGCAAGUUCUCAAAAGUCGUUCGCCAUCUGCUAGUGAAAAUCAGAAGAAGAAGAAGCCCAUGGAAUGCUGUGUCUUUGGAACGCAGGACAUUACAAAAUCUGCUUUUUACACUAAUUCAUAUGCGUUCUGAUAAAAUUAACUAUUUUUGCCAUAAUAUUGCAAACAACACAAAUGUUCGACACCUAAAGAAGAUUGGCUCAAAGAAACAGGAGUAUUUAUUUUGUUUUGGUUUAAGUCUGGAUAAACACCCAUCAUAAUCUUCAAAAAAAAGACAAUGGAGUGUCCAUGUUUAUCUAAUGUUGUCUGUUUUUUCCCACAUUUUGGCUCUUUUUUCUCUGUAAAUACAAAAUCCUGCAUUAACGGGGCCACUAAUGACUCUAGUCCUGAUUAUAAACACCCAGAAAUAGCUGAAUUCAUGAAUGGAGAUUGCACAGCAAACAUAACCUCUCUCAUUGCUAAGAUGAUUUCUUAUGUCUAUUUCCUGUUACCCCACCCCCUUUGUAUGACAGACAGCUUCUCAGCCCACUUGGAGUUUAGCUACUUCAAAGAUGGUAUGAACAACACAGAUAGCGUGUCAAACAAGCCAGUUUGUAUGAAGCAUGCUGAAGCCUUCAUUCUCAUGUUCAGUACCUCCCCACGAAAGCAAGUCAUAGCAACAUUUUACUUCUAGAGGACAAAAAAGUAUCUUCAACCAAUAAACAGUGUGUCUUGUUGUUCUACUUUUCAUGAAGGAGAGAUGAGUGGAUUUCAUUGGACAUUUACCUUUAGUCUAUCUCAUCUUAUAUCUGAACAUGCAACCGAACACAAUUGCCACUUAAUCAUGAGCACAACAGUUGAGCUGCAGUCUUCUGUGAAACUGAUUUAAUUGAGCAUGACUGAGGGCUGUCAAAAUCCAACAACAUGAAUUAUCUCUUUAAAAUUCAAAUUCAGAUCAUUAAUUGAAUUUAGGAGAUUUCAGCAACUAUGUUUGCAUGCAGGUAAUAUUCUGAAGGCCUAAGAAUUCAGAAUCUUUGAAUUAUGAAUUUGAACCAGUUGUUUGAAGUUUAAUAUUUCACUCAUAGUUUCCAAUAUCCAGGAUAUUUUUUAUAGAAACUGAAAAAUAAAGCAUUCUUAGUAACCGUCAUACAAAUAUACAGCAGGACAGUUUUGGAUUCAGUUCAUGUUCAAACGCUUAAAACACAAACCUAUUUGUUUUUAUUUAGUUAUCCUGCUAAAUAUUCUUAGUAAUAAUCCAUGCAAUUUGAGUGCUUACUACAUCAGUACUAGUAACUGUACUAGUAACUGUAUAUACUUUUGUGUCCAUAGUUGUUUGUAAGGUAUGUGCAUUCCAAAUAUAUUAUAUGGAGAAUAUUUUGUUACAGAAACAUUAACAGAAUAUCCCAAACCUUUAUUUGGAGGCAUCACGGUAAAACUGAUAUAUUACGCUCAUGGUCAGGUUUUUUUCAUAGCCAGACCAUAUAUGGAGUUAUUGAACAUACACAUUAAUACAGUAAUUCUGUUUUGCAUGUAAACAUGGCCAACUUUUGAAUGGAACCUACACUUACCAGACAUAUACUUUCAACAGUUGGCAACGGAAUGCAAAACCAAACAUUUCUUACCAAAAACAAUAUAUAAAAAUAUCUUCAUCUUGCCAAGUGCCAAGAUAAGUUGAUCAACACACAUUGACAUGGUGUAUAACAGUCGAACAGCUACCGACUAGCUUAUGUCCAACAAAAUACGCCAAUGUCAACAGCAAUAACCUUAGUCGAACUUGUAAAAAAAAAAAAAACAAAUGAGGAAACCUAUCUUUUCUUCUUUGAAACAGUAUCUCAGAAUAAUUUGUCAUGGGUGUGUAGACUGAGUCUCGUAUUGACAACCUGCAGAUUGUUUAUUGCAGGAUACUUUGCACUUGUUCCUGUCGGCCUAUUGAACUGGAGACUGAAACUCAGCAGCCCAGCUGUACAACGGCUUGCUGCAGAAUGGAUUCAUUUCAGCCUACUGUUCAGUUAUUGGUGUCGUGUUUUAAUACCUGAUCGUUUUGUGUCCUUUCCAGUGCAGAGACAAUGGUAGAUAUGAAACAGGAUGGGGGGAGGUGGAAUUAUGACAUAUUAAGUGUUACUGUAUUCCUUUGGAUGUUGUUGCCCAUACAUCUGGCUAAUAUAGUGCGUAUAUCAAUUUACCAUUUUAAUCUAUGCAAUUUGGAGAUUUCAGAUGUAAUUUGUAGCGCUAGUUAGGAUCCGCUUUCACUGUUGGUGGGGUGAUGUCAUCUAAUUAUGUUAUUAAAAAAUGAGAAUAUUUCCUGAUUAUGUACUAAAAUAAUAAAUUUCCCCUCUGUUAAGAACUA